GAGCGGGGAGGGGGAGGGGCCUGCCCCGAAGGGACGCGGUUUCCCGGCGACGCCGAACGCGGGCUCCCAGCUGCCCGCAGGGCCCUCGGCGGGUGGGACCGACCGCGGGGGCGCUGGACGGGGGUGGCAUGGAGGACGACGACGAGGAGAUUACCGCCGCCACGUUGCGGAUCAAGCCCCGGCCGCUGCCCCUCUCGGCGCUCUCCGCCUUCAGCUACGUCCCGCCGCGGCGCCUGGACCCCAAGGAGCACAGCUACUACUACCGCCUGGGCAAGGAUCUGGAGGAGGGUCUCAGGAGACCUGGGCUGCGCAGCUGGUGGGGUCAGGACUCCCUCUGGGCUCUGCCUGAAAGCGCUCACUGCAGCGACUGCGCCCAGAAAGUCCAGGGUACCGACGCCGCGCUUGGAGGGCCCUCUUGCAAACCGGAGAUAACCACAGGCAGUUCUGGCCAUCCUGCAGGGAGAGCAGGACAGGGAGGCCGCACCAGAUUCUGGCCUGGCUCCAGCAGGCACACUCGACUCAUGAGAAAAGCCUGCUGGUCUGUGACGGGCCACCAUGCAGCCAGAGCAGGGGGAGAAGCCAGAGGAAAAGAAGCAAAUUCAGAGCUUGUCAGGAGUCGACGACUGCUUUCGUCAAGCUGUUUUUCCUAAAUGUCUCCGAUGUUUUUUGCAGUUCAGGCUGCAGGGACAUCAUUAUUAAAAGGAUCUCUGGGGUCGCUCAGCCUGCAGGGACAGUGAGUGGCUCAGAGAGGGUAUAGGUUAGCCAAGUGCCUAGGAAGAAGGAGGUCUUUCCCUCCUGAUGUGUAAGGUGUCCGCACGGAAUGACCUUCCUUCUCUUCUCCCCACCCAUCACCCAUAGAGCCCACAUGAACCCCCAUCCGGAUCAGGUCUGCACGCAUUCAGGGGCUUGUCACACGUGAAAUGUCAGAGAACAGAAUGUCAUGGAGCUUACCCUUACAAACAAAACAGAAGCUUCUAGUUUAGACAACUGUUACAGGUUGAAUUGUGUGUCCCCCUAAAAUUCUUAUGUUAGAGUCCUAAUCCCAAGCACCUCAGAAUGUGACCUUAUUUGGAGACGGGGUCUUUACAGAGGUAAUCAGAUUCAAGUGAGGUCAUUGGGGGGGGGUGCCUCAUCCAGUAUGACCGGCGCCCUUAUGGAAAGGGGACAUGACAUGCAUAGAUCGAAGAUGAAGGGAAAAGGCAGGGAGAAGACGGCCUUCUACAAGGCAAGGAGAGGAGCCGCAAAUGGCUUCUUCCCGCACAGCCCUCGGGAGGAGGGAGCCCUGCCCAUACCUUGAUCUCAGACUUUCUGCCACCAGAACUGUGAGAUAGUACAUUUCUCCUGUUUAACCCCCUCCCCCCCCCCCCCCCCCCAGUCUGGGUGCUCUGUUUUGGCAGACUGAGCAAACUAACACACGACCUUGGCCAGGAGGCUCUCUUGUAUCAGUUAGCUCCUCUCCUCUCCGCUCGGCUCUGAGCAAUAUGGAAGGACUGAAGGACAGAAGGAAGAAAGGGACAUCCGUGGCCAUUGUGCGCAUCCCUGUUCGGUGCACUCUUGGCUUGAACGUCCACUGGGAAUUAAUGCUGGGGUGCAUUUAGGGCACCGGUGCCCAACCUCACUGCCACCACGGACCUCCUAUGUUUUCCUCCCAUGAGUGAUAUGUUUUGAAAGAACUUUAUCUGUAAAUAAUUCCAUUUGUUAAAUGAAUUUUACAAUUUAAGUAUGCAAAACCUGGAUCAUUGCCAAUUUAUGAUUCAGGCAGAGCGUUACCGCACCGCAUGACAGAAACAGCCAAAAAGCCAGGAAUCUUGAUGUUUUAAGAUGGUCCGUGCUGUUUUAUUGAGAGAACAUAAAUCUUGUCUGGCUUCCUGACAAAAUGAAAAAAUUCACAAUACACCAUUUUGUGUGUACCACUGAGGAGGCCUGUUAAGUACCACUUUGAGGCUAUUCAGAAAUAAGAUGAAAGACUAAAGUGGAUGGGGUUCAGGAUGCAUAUUUAUCAGAGACUAAAACCCAGGUUGCAGGUUACUGCUAAGGUCUCUGGGCAAAAACGGCUUGUGGACACAGAAGCUCUGAAUCCUUCCCAGCCAUUGCGGCUGUGGGCCCCAGAAAAAGCAGAGCUGAACCCCCGCCCACUGUGGGCCAGCCAUUGCCAACAGAAAAGAAGCAGAGUUGAACCUGGCAGGUUCACCAAUCUGAUACGUGACUCUGCCUCUCUGGGGCCAAGAUGCAGAGAGGUGCCUGAUAUACAAGGUGCCCAGGGCUCUGUAUUUGGAGAGAGAUCAGGGGUAGGUAAGAAGUAUGCUGCUUUAAUUCAGGGUUCAACACACAGAGGCCCCUGGGCCAAAUCUGGCCCAGAGUCCAUUUUCAUGAAGUUUUAUUACAACAAGAUCCCAUGCCCAUUCGCUUAGUAUUAUCUAUGGCCGCACGCAGAGUUGGAAACCAUGUGACCUGAAAGGCUAAAGCAGUGACUAUCUGUAUCUUGAUAGAAAACCCCUGCUCCAGUAUAUUACUGUACCUGGAAGGUAGGAAAGGGCCUUAGAACAAAUUAAUGCAAAGCGGAUUUUAAGAAAAAAAAAACAAAUUAGUACAGUCUUGAUAGCUGGAGUCACAGGCAAUUUCAAAUCCUCAGGCCUUUAGUGUCACGCGGAAGAAAAUGAUGCAGCAGAAAUAUUAAACCUAAAUAAAAUAGCCCUUAAAAGCAUCCAGAAAAACAAAAGGCAUUUCGAAGUAUAUUUGCAAGACAGCCACCAAUGGUAAUAAUGUCCCCCUGGGGAUUGUACGAACUAGUAUUUAAUCAGCUGCAGAACUCCAGAGGCUGAUUCUCUACCAUGAGAUCAUUUGGACUGAAGACGAAUUUGGUAUCACAGAUUUGCUAGAGGACUCAGCUGCCCCUAAGUGAAUUGUAAAUCUGGGUCCUACUCGAAGCUGAGAAGACAAAGGGCAGAAUUAGCUCUUCAGUCAAUUACCGUGUGACACAUCUAGUAAUUAAUUAGUUAGCACAGGCCAACAAGUCUUGGGUAAAAAUAUUGACUCCGCGUUCCUAGCUGUGCAGAUUGCGCAAGGCACAAUCUCCUUGGGUCACUUCGCCCAUCUAUGAAACAGUACCAGCUUCACGGGGUCAGUAAUGACAAAUUAAUUUAAUUAAUAGAGGUGAAGUGGCACAUAGUAAGCCCAAUGUAGGCAGAGCUAUUAUUCGCUUUUGUUAGUGAUUAUUAGUUUCUUGUCCCUGAGGUUUGGUUCCCAGCCAGUGUCUUACAUCCUGCACCCCUGAUUGCUGUCAGAGGCAUACACAGGUGAGGCAGGUAACUGAGAGUCAUUCUGGUGGUUUCUAAUCUAUGGGGUCUCCCCCUGGGAGACCCCAAAGUUAAGGCCCUCAAUGCGGCAUGCUUAUUUAAAGCCCCAGUAAUGCCUUGGAUCCUGAGACAAAUUUGUCAUCUAAAGCUGGCAGCUAAAAUGUGAUCAACUCCUGCACGGCUCCCGAGGGGCCUCUAGCAGCGAGGGCUUUUCCUAUAAAAUACUGUUCAGGAGGCAGCAAGGCAGAUUCAGUUCAAUGAGGUUUUAGAAUUACUUUUUUCCUUCUUCUGCCUCGUGCAACAUUUCUGCUACUGAAAUGGAAAAGCUAAGUCGAAGGACAAUGCCCUUUUAUGGAAGAUUUGAUGAAGUUUCGCAAAGUCUCAGAGCUACAUUAAAAAAGAAUUCUUAGGGGGUUUUAGAAUAUGCUUUCUCUCGUGGUGAGCUGCAGUGUGGACAGCCUGUCUUGAGUGAAGCUUUGCUCAGAGAGCCCCACCUUAGCUUUAGGGAGAUUAGCUGACUUUCCUCGUCCUUGUGUGAUGGAGACACAGAGGCUAGGGGCUCUUUCUUUACCCUCCUGAUCGCCCACCUGCCCUUCACUGGAUGCAGCCGAGGGGAGACCACAAGCCGGGGAGGGGCAGAAAGAGGAGGACAGAGGAUCCCAAGCAGGCUCUGCACUGAAACGCUGGCAGCAGGGAGCCCGAUGCGGAGCUUGAACUCAGGAACCUGCGAGAUCGUGACCCGAGCCAAAGUCAGACGCCUAACCAACUGAGCCACCCAGGUGCCCCUGAAGGUUUACUUAAUUAUCUUGCGGCUUUUUCUUCCCACUACACUAUGAGCUCCAUAAGGACGGUAAUCGCUCUCUGUCCUCAGCGGCCUGAACAGUGCCCGUCUCAAAGUUGGUGUUGGUAAGGACGUGCUGCAUGAACGAAAGAAGAGGAAUAAAUGGGAUGUGGAUUUUUAAAAAAUGUUUAGUUUUGAGCGAACGAGCAGGGGAGAGGGGCAGAGAGAGAGCCAAGCCCAGCACGGAGCCCAUCCAGGGGCUCGAUCUCACCACCGUGAGGUCAUGACCUGAGUUGAUAUCAAGAGUCAGACACUUAGCCAACUGAGCAACCUGGGUGGCUUUUAAAACCAAGUCACAAGAUCAGUCCCUGAGACUAAAUAGAGGUCCCGUUUGGGAUUAUCUGCCUUUUCGGGUAUCCGUGGCCUUGACCUGCUCCUCAGGGAUCAAAAUUGGGAGUAGAUGCCCCUGCUUCUCCCGAAUCCGGGCUGGCUGUGUCUUUCCUGUCCAGUGACCUGCCCCUUGGUGGGGGUGGGGCUGAACCUCUUCCUCCAGGGCAGGUAGAGAGUAGCAAAGGGCAGGCAGGUCACCCCAGGGAAGCAGGACGGAAACACCCAGAGGGUGGGGUCAGUGUUCCUACCACCCAUGUGACCACAUGGUGCGUGGCUUUCCGCCGUGUGCGUAGGAAUGCACGGAUAGGUGUCUAACUUUGUUUACAAGAACAUGUUCACACACAGAUCACACAACUGUGCAUGUAUAUUUGCAGCUUGCUCUUUGCAUGUCAUAAUACAUCUCAGACAGUUUUUCCAAAACUGUCCCCGUUUAAGGAGCACAAUGACACAAGAAAAGGAGCAGCAUUAUCUCCAAUAUAUUUGGCCAAGAGGAACAGCUUCGACUGGAGCGGCAGCCCCCGUGGCUCACCCUUCCUCCUGUGAUGUGGA